CAACCAAUGCUUGCGUACAGGGCACAUCAUGUGUCCGCAGCGGGUAUAAAUACACCGACUCCAAGUCCUCGGUAUCACUCUCUCACUUCAGACUCCGACUCCGUCUGUGUGAGCAGGAAUCACAUACAUAGCACUGCCGUUACUUCACGAUGCGCGAGUGUAUCUCUAUCCACGUGGGCCAGGCUGGUGUCCAGAUCGGCAAUGCAUGCUGGGAACUCUACUGCCUGGAACAUGGCAUUCAACCAGAUGGGAUCAUGCCCUCAGACAAAGCUAUCGGGUGUGCGGACGACUCCUUCAACACCUUCUUCAGCGAGACUGGAGCAGGGAAACACGUGCCCAGGGCCGUCUUCGUCGACCUUGAACCCACAGUCGUAGAUGAGAUCCGUCAAGGCAUCUACCGCCAGCUGUUCCACCCCGAGCAGCUGAUCACCGGCAAGGAGGACGCCGCCAACAACUACGCCCGUGGCCACUACACCAUCGGCAAGGAAAUCGUCGACCUCGUCCUUGACCGCAUACGAAAGUUGUCUGACCAGUGCACUGGACUCCAGGGCUUCCUCAUCUUCCACAGCUUCGGUGGCGGCACUGGCUCCGGCUUCACCUCUCUGUUGAUGGAGCGUCUCAGCGUCGACUACGGCAAGAAAUCCAAGCUUGAGUUUUCGAUCUACCCCGCCCCUCAGGUGUCUACCGCCGUCGUGGAGCCCUACAACGCCAUCUUGACUACCCACACCACCCUGGAACACUCCGACUGCGCCUUCAUGGUCGACAAUGAGGCCAUCUACGACAUCUGCAGACGGAAUCUGGACAUUGAGCGUCCAACGUACACAAACCUCAACCGUCUUAUCGGCCAAGUCGUAAGUUCCAUAACAGCAUCCCUCAGGUUUGAUGGCGCCUUGAACGUGGAUCUGACAGAAUUUCAGACCAAUCUUGUUCCUUACCCUCGCAUCCACUUCCCCCUGGUAACAUACGCACCGGUCGUAUCAGCUGAAAAGGCUUAUCAUGAACAGCUCUCUGUAGCUGAGAUAACCAAUUCCUGUUUUGAACCUGCGAACCAGAUGGUCAAAUGCGACCCCCGUCACGGGAAAUACAUGGCAUGCUGCAUGCUCUUCCGCGGUGAUGUCGUCCCAAAGGACGUCAACGCUGCCAUCGCCACCAUCAAGACCAAGAGGUCCAUCCAGUUCGUCGACUGGUGUCCCACUGGUUUCAAGGUCGGCAUCAACUACCAACCACCAACAGCUGUCCCAGGGGGUGACCUGGCCAAGGUCCAGAGAGCCGUCUGUAUGUUGAGCAACACCACAGCUAUCGCCGAGGCCUGGGCUCGUCUUGACCACAAGUUUGAUCUGAUGUACGCCAAGCGUGCCUUCGUCCACUGGUACGUGGGUGAGGGUAUGGAGGAGGGAGAGUUCUCCGAGGCCCGUGAGGACUUGGCAGCCCUGGAGAAAGACUACGAGGAGGUUGGGGUAGAUUCGGUAGAAGUUGAGGAAGGAGAGGGAGAGGAAGAAUAUUAGAACUUGUUGUAGCAUCUCUGCUGUGCUAGAAUGGACGUUGUUGGGUACCUGUUCUCCUACCAUUCACUGAAGCUACACCACAACUGUUUAACUGUUUGAUUGGCAUUCUAGCCGUUGGUGAGAAAACGUACAACUGUAUGGAUAACAACUUCUGGUUUAUUGCAUAUAGCGACCGCACCUUUCCGAGGCAAGGGCGUUAACUAACUAUAAAAGUCCAAUUCCCACCCUUGCCGAACUACGCUGGAAUUUCCAUGCUCGAUCGUAUUGCCACCAGUGGCUAUUACGAGUUAUGUCCCUUCUAUGUCCCACCUAUUGACUAAUCAGAUUCCACCUCUCAUAUCACUUGUAUUUGCUUCAAAAAAGGGCGUC